AUGGGCGACGAUUCACCCCCCUCCGACGCUGGGACGGGGAACGUCGAGCCCAUCGUGCCAGACGGGGCGACCAAGGGGCGUGCAGUGCCUCAGAGUCAGGACCAUGAGCGGUUGACUCCGAGGCUCGACAAUCACCAUGGCCUGCUCAACCAUCCGGCAGUCUCACAGUAUCCAUCGCCUCCCCUACACGGGCAGGCCCCGUCGUCGACAUUCUUCCACCGCCAAGGCCCCUACAAUAUGGCCUCUCUGGCGAAUGCCCUCCCCAUGGACAACUACCAUCACGUUCAGUACCAGAGAGGAGUCCAUCAGCCAAGAUACGCUGCUGGGCUGCCACCGCCCAUGGCUCCUCACAUGCCGCCGAUUCCUCAGUACACCGGACAUUCACCGAUUUCCAUGGUGCCUCCGGGCUACUAUGUGCCACAAGCCCAGCAUAUCUCGCCGUACUAUGGCGGUGGCCAUUUGCCUGUCGGUCAGGUAAACGCGGCGAUGCUGCAGAGGCAAAACGUGGCAUAUUACCCAAAUCCGGUACCUAUGGGACACCCGCCCACGCAAUAUUACUAUCCCCAGACGGCUCCGUAUCCCGUCCAGAUGCCCAAUGUGCAACCGGUCCUCACCUCGGGCCAACAGCAUCCUCGCGCAGAGAUUGGCCAACGCGUGUCGACAGGGCCCUUAACCCCUAACCAAUCGUCGGAUGGUUUGCCACUGCCUUAUCCAUCUCAGAAGAAGCCUACUCAUGUCAACCUGGAGGAGCAGAAAAACUCUGCUCGACACUCGUCGCGUAAGCCUCGUCAGACUGGAAAUGCUGUCUGGAUCGGAAAUCUGCCACCUCAAACCGACCUUAUGACCCUCGUACGCCACGUUUCGAAGGAGACAAACGGACUCGAAUCCCUGUUCUUGAUUGCCAAGAGCAACUGCGCGUUUGCCAAUUUCAAAGACGAGGCUUCUUGCAUUGCUGCGCAAGUCAAACUGCACGAGUCCAGAUUCCAGUCUGUACGUCUUGUCAGCAGGCUACGAAAGAAUGAACUCGACGGCAGUUCUGGCCCAUCUCCGCCGACGGGGCCGGCGUUGGGCCCAAGCAACUCUUCCAGACCGACUAGUCAAGCAGCAAGUAACUCGGCCGUCAAAGUCGACGGCGUGAGCUCGCCCGCUACUACCGACGGUGAAGAAGACUCGGCAGUUACCGUGCCUGACGCGGUGGCAAAGCACCAUGACAGAUUCUUCAUUCUGAAGAGUCUGACAGUUGACGACCUUGAGCUUAGUGUACGGACUGGUGUCUGGGCAACGCAGUCUCACAAUGAAGAAACGCUGAACGACGCGUUCAAGCAAUGUAACAAUGUAUACUUGAUAUUCUCAGCCAACAAGUCUGGAGAGUACUUUGGGUAUGCACGAAUGAUUUCCGAGUUCAGCCCAUCUCUAGAUUCGACCAUCAAAUUUGCACCGGUGCAACGAUCGACGAACGAUUCGGAUCUCACGAAAGAGAUUCUCACGGACGCGACUGAAUAUGUCCCCAAGGGUAGGAUCCUCCAUGAUCCAACUAGGGGAACGAUUUUCUGGGAGGUGUAUCAAGAUGACUCUGAAAAAGUCGUCGAUCACAAUGCCAGCGUUACCAACGGGACAGACGGCGCCUUGAACGGAGAGGAGGAGGAGGAGGAGGAAAGAUCGUGGGGAAAGCCGUUCAGAGUUGAGUGGCUGUCGACGUCUCGUCUUCCCUUUCAUCGGAUCCGGGGAUUACGAAACCCCUGGAACUCCAACCGAGAGGUCAAGAUUGCGCGAGAUGGUACAGAGAUCGAGCCUUCUGUCGGGCAAAGGCUCAUCGGUCUUUUCAACACUUCACAAGGAUCCGGGUCGACGGCAGGUGGGAGGCUGCCGGCUGGUGCGAUGCCCAGGUAUCAACAGAUGGGAUCGUAUGCACAUGCACAAUAG